CUCCGAUGUGUUUUCUAGGCAUAGGGAAAGUCUCCCCAGCACUCAGGCACUGACAGACCACUAGACUACACAAAGCCCAGAAUAGAUAUUUUUUGCCACUAGCAUUGCCUCAUGCGUCAGGGAUACUAUAUAUUCCAGUGUCUAAAUAAAUCUCCCUUCCAUGACUUUCAGACGACACAAACAAAGCAAAAACCAAGGGAAGGACGUUGUCGGAUUUGCCAUAAAGAAACAUACACAAUCAGCUGCCCAAGAGCUGGAAAGUAUUGGAGGUGGCGGUAUUUAUGUAUGAAAAGCAUCUGUCCAUAUGAUCUCACAACCCUACAAUGCAGCCUCAGGUCCCCCAAUAAUUUCCAGCUUUCCGUGGGAGUCCCAUGCCCUGGGUAAGGACAGGACAUGUUCAUGGAGUAGAUGGAAAAAUCAAGUCAUUGGGGGCAGACUGAGCUAUAAUCCUGCCCAUAAGCUAGUGGAAGACAAUGCCACCGACUACAAAGGGAAAUGUAGGAAAUAAAAGCAUGUGUCAGCCCCCCUUCUACAGAAGCACUGGCGGUCAAUGUCACUUAAAACGCUCCCAGGGUGACGUGUGAGUCCCAUUCAGGAAAAGAAGAAUUUCCCAUCUGCAUCGCCUUCAUUUCUGGGGGGUAGAGGCCGGGACCGCUGCUGUGCUCAGCCGGUGCCACUCAGACUGACAGUUUGGCGCCUGGCAGCCACAAGCAACAGCAGCCAUGCAACAAGCAGUGCCACCGCGCAGGGAGAGCCCAGCCUGGCAGCCAAAGCAGGCAGCACAGCCGGAGCCAGAGCCUGGGUAUGUGGAGAUCCCCAUACAGGCUGAGAAGAGAGUGAGCGCAAUAACGCCAAAAGUGUCGCAAUCGCUGACCGAUCAUCUGCCUGGAGAUCACAAAACAAAAACUGGAGAUGGGACAGAUAGCAAGCAUGCCGAUGUGAGUAUUCGGAAAGAGAGCAGCCCUGUAGAUCGCCUUGGCCAGUUCCUAGAUGUUGGGGAAAAUGAGGGGGAGCAGGCAGAGUACAUCCUGUCUUACCCCUCCUCUCUGGCAGCCACCAGUAACCCCUCGUCGCCAGUCUGCGCCCCCCAACUUGUCUGUGCCAACGACGAGGCUCACUACAUCACUACCCACGAAAUCCAGCUCUGUGAGGCCGACCAGGAGCCCGAUUACCCAGAUUUUGGACUGGCCCCCUCCACGUGGAGUGAAGCGGCCGACAGCGCCCCCUGCACCUUUCUGGAGUACGCGUCGUUUGACAGCCAGGGGGGCAGCCCAACAGACGAGGACUAUUAUAUGAGCACCACCAGCGACCCCAACCCCACGGACAGUGUGUGCAGCGCUGAACUGAUCAGCAGCACCCACUCGGAAAGCGACACCUCCCCAAGCAUCUGCAGCAGCAGCAGCAACAGCAGCACCUUGGACAAAGCGCUCAACACUGGGGAGGCUGCCCGCUCCAAAGCCGGGAUCCUCCUAUCAAUCAGAACUGCAUCCAAGGCUAUAAAUGAGGGCAGCAAUGCGCAGGCACAGCCAAACACCGCCCCUGCCGGCGCCAAGCAUGACACAGACAUGAGCUACUGCGUAUCCAGAGCUCCGGACUGCAAGUCCGCUUUCCGGCAGCAUCAGUACCAAUCUCUGCCCCAGGCGGCCGAUGCCCACCGGCUAGUGGCUGUCCCUGCCCGUCUGCAGGCUCGGAGCGGCGUCCAUGCCGAUAUCUCCAGCGGGGCUUCCAGUGCAGUCAGCGAGUUGGAUGAUGCGGACAAGGAGGUGCGAAACCUGACCGCCCGAGCAUUCCGCAGCCUGGCUUAUCCUUACUUCGAGGCUAUCAACUUCAGCUCCAGCGAAUCCACCACCUCCUUGUCCGACCAGAACAUCGGCAUCAACAGCUGGUCCACUUACCUGGACUUCAAGGGGGGCGCCCUACUGUCUCAGAAGGCAGAGCAGAGCAUCCACCAGCACACGGCUACCUCUGCUUCCAGCUUUGGGCUCAGGAAAUUUGCCAACGAUGCCCCAAAGGAGCAACUCUUCGUGCAGGCGAAUAAAUCCCACACCAAGGCGUUUGAGCUGGUGGUCAGUGAGCUGGAGACCAAGGGGUCGAGCGGGGGCAGUGCCAGCUGUUCAGCCAAACGCAUACAGUCCGGAUCCAGGGUCGUGACUCUCACUGAGACUCUGAACUUCAGCAGCAACGUGACCGCGACUGCUCCUGGCAGUGACAGAGCCAACAAGCCACCUGAACAGGCUCCAGCCUCAGCCUGCACGGAUGGGGUUACAGAUCCCCUGCCAAGAGAGCUGCCUGGGCAGGAGGGGAGCAAGCAGUCGCACAGUGCUGCAGAAGCCAUGGAGGGGACGCACAAAUCCAAGUUUGCUUCCAGCCUUCUGAAAAAUGUCAUCUCUAAGAAGAUGCAGCUGGAACAGGAGUUUAAAAUGGAAAGAGGGGAGAUCACGGACACUUCCUACAAGCGACUCUGUACUCCCUCCAAGGAGACUGAGGGGGCCCGAGAGAAGGGUAUUCAGAGGCAGAACUCCAGGUUUUCCGAGGCCAGCUCAGAUUUUACCUUGGUCAGCAGCGAGGAGCUAGGAGAGUUUUUCGAUACAAAGUCAUCAGCGACCCCCAAAGACUUGCCAUGUACAGAGGGCAAUGUAGCCAAGCAGGUGUCCUCUAUAGACCAUGCCAAGGAUGAAAGCGCCAUGGAUCCCAAGAGAAGCGCCUCAGAGGCGAUGAAAGGCAUGCUCCUCCGCAGCCAAAAUAGUGCCUUCAGGUCCUGGAAGGAAAAGGAGAUAGAAAAGAUGGAGAAGAAAAUAGAAGAGAAAGUGGCCAAAGCUCGGAGGAUAAAGAUCCCGUUGGAGAGGGACUGGAAGGCAGAUUUAGGGGAGCUGUCAGGCAGUCACUCCACUAAAAUGUCCCGUUUGUAUGUUCCAGGCAUUCAGCACACCCCCAAGGAGAAGCAGGUAGAGAAGCAAGCAACAAAGUACUCAGUGUCUACCUAUGCCCACCAGAGUUGCUUUAGUCGGAACGAGCACGAUUUUAAGACGGAGAAAUUGCAGGUGCUGGAGGCAGCUGUUUGUAGGAUGACCCCCAUGCUAACCCCCAAACCCCAGGAGAUUAAACUCAACCUACCACUGUCCGGGGACAAGGAGAAUCCAUUCAGUAUCGCCAAAUUGCUGACUCCUAACCUGGCGUCCACCGCGGCCAAUCUGUCCAAAGCAGCGGAGGAGCUGAAAAACCAGCUGCCCCCCAGCAGGACCGAGGUGCUGGAGAAGAUGCCCCAGUUCCUGGUAAGGGAUGUAAGGGAGAACAAGGCCAAGUGCCAGGGAGCCAUGCACCAGGUUAGAGAUGUCAGGAAGCUACUUAAGGGCUCCUAUCACCUUGACACUGGGGAAGGCAGCGGGAUAUCGGGGCAGAGCACCCCGGACCCCAAGGCCAAGCUCUCGGUGGGCUCCAAGAUCUCCUCCUCUCUGUCUCCCAUAGUGAUCACCUGUCAGGCGGUGAAUAAUAAGGAGGAUGAGGGCGACUCAGGAGACACAGGGGAGGGUGACAAAGCCCAGUCCUCUGCGGACACCAUUCUGGUACACCGGGCUUCGGGCCGGCUCCCCGUUGCCACUAUAGCCCCCAAUAAGACUGGUCCCAGGAUGCCCGUAGUGAAGAUUGUCUCCAAGGCGUCUAAAUGGAAACAAGAGAAGCCCCGGGAGCAACCAGAAGUGAAAGUCGAGCCCCAGUCGCCCAAGUCCCGUGUGGCUCUAGAGAAGCUGACAGCAGCGGUAAAGACGAUGGAGCAGCUGUAUGUGUUUGAUAGGAAGGAGUGGAAGCGCAAAGGCCAACCGGAACCGCUCACCGGCAGCCACGUCUUGUCGCUCAUCAGUUGCGAGGAGGCAACGGGGAAGUCGGAGUCGCAGGCAGGGGACGACAAGCCUGUGGCACCUGAGGAGACUAAAAAGGCAACACCUCGGCCGUUUGGCCGCGCCCCGGAGCCCAUAGUCCGCAGGAACUCCUACCCCAGCUCAGACAAGAGCCCCUCAAAGCCCCUGGCGCCAGAGCCCAGAGCCCCGAUUAAAACUUUCCAAGUAUCCAAGUUCGGGGAACCAAAAAGCGCGGAGCAACAGGAGAAGAGCCACGACGUUACGGGUUACAAUCGCAGCGUCUUUACAGUUAGUGCUCCAAAAAGCAGACAUCAGAGCCUGGAGUCGGCACUAAACAGCAAGAACACCCGCCCGCAGCCCCCCAGUUCCCUACGAAUCCAGCCUCGCUACCUGGAAGAGGGGAAGAAAGCAGAGCCAGAGCCGGCUGUUGCCCCGCAGCCCCCGCAGCCUCGCAAAGCCAGUGCAGACUUUGAGAACUACCUCACAAUCCCAGUCAAAGCAGCCAGUGAGGCUGCCGUGGGAAAGCCGCCAGUUGCAGCCACUGUCCGCGACACCUCAACAUCCGCCAGAGAGAACGCAGCGACUAACUGCCGCGAUCCAGCCUCCAUGUGCAGCCUGCCUCCCUUUAGUGCCAAGAGCCAUGCCGCCAGUCCCAAGAGUCCGAUCAAAGCAGCGAGCGACUGGCGCAGCAAGGCUAAAGAGGGGGUCCAACCUAAUAGAACACAUUCUACAGGAUCAGAGCCUCAGUCCCCAGAUUCUAUCCCCUCAGCCACUAUCUACCAUCACGCCAUUCCACCUGUGCCAGCGGCCAUGCCCAGCUCUCAAGCCCCUAUAUUUUAUUCUCCUCCUUUAACCGCAGCUACGCCAGUUGAGAUGUACCCCCAGCAGACCCAGCGCAAAAUGCUGGUGGAUCUAGCUACAGGGCAGUAUUACCUUGUGGAUACCCCUGUGCAGCCAGUUAAAAAGAGACUAUUCGAUCCUGAAACUGGACAGUAUGUGGAAGUCCCAGUGCCUGCACCACCUGCCACCCCUGUGCCCUUCCACAUGCCACCCCUAGCUCUCAGUCCUGGUGCAUAUGGAGCUGCUUAUAUGUUUUACCCUGGGUUUUUGCCCACUGCAACAACUGCUGUGCUACCUGCCACCUCUCUUCAGAGUCAGCUUUCUCACCAGGGGAGUGAGCACAGCUUUGAGGUGCAGGGUGUAGAGACUUCCCAGUCAGGGGAGCUGAACAUGAAUGAAUGCCCCUAUUACCUGGCCACUGGGUCUGCAGCAGCUAAUUCAGGAACUGGGCCAGCAUCUAAUAUCAAAAGGGGCUCCCUAGGCUGCCCAGAAAGCAAACAGGUCAUCAGCAUCUUGUCUCAGCCAGGACCCAGGAUUGUGGCCCCUCCAUCCUUUGAUGGUACCACUAUGAGGUUUGUUGUGGAACACAGAUGAAAAUCAAGAAAGUAAUUAUUAUUUCUUCUGUGUCGGUGACUAGACAAGUCCUUGUGUAGCAAGAGAAGUUGUGGAGCUCACACCAAGUUUGAUGUGCAUGGCAGAUGCCUCCUAGUGAAUACUAGUAAAUGCCCAUAGUGUGAAGCAAAACAGACAUCAGAGAAGUUAAUGGGAUUCAGCACUUUGAAAGCCAGAUGUGUGUGUGAGUUUGGGUUCAUAGAGAUUAGUAUAUUUCUCCAAUGGAAAUAUUGCAAGAAGAAAACAUUUCUAUUAAUCUUUAUUAGGAAUAUUUGCCUACAGUGAUAUAGUUGCUUUUCACUUGCUGCUUUAGAGUUUGUGAGAGUCUAAGCAAGUCACAUAGGUUUGUAUUAGCUUUGGCUCUUUUGGAAGACAGAGAUCACAGAGACCUCUUAUAUAAGUAUCUCACCACAACUUGUGCUGCUAUUUCAGAUAUUCAUUUUGAUAACUGAACAUGGAUUUUCUGCCUUAAUACCACAUGUGCCUUGUAUGCUAUAUCGUAGGGCUCUAUUAUGCCCAAUCUGCAUAAAAAACCAAUUGUGUGCGUUUUUGGGUUGUUAAAGACCCAUGUUCUGACAUUUACAGUUAUUUGCAAUGGGCAUGGAAAUCAAUUAUUACUUAAAGUGAAUUAAGCUUUCAAGAUAUAUCUAUAUAUAUUUUUAAAAAUAAUAAGUGCCUUAUACUGUUACAAAGUGCUUAUAUUUGCUAAGUAGCUUGCAUUAACAGUUGUUUUUACAUUUUCUUUUUUGUUGUUAGUUGAUUUAAGAAAAUAUUAUUUUGUUAGUAACUUCAAGCACUUUCGCUGGUGACUGUUAUUCAGAUAAAGAAAGAAAAAUCUAGAUUAGCAAUGGCAAAUCCUGUCUGUGUAGCCCACUAACAGAGCUGUUUAUAGGAACAUGAUAUACCUAGCACAUGAAAUGUAUUUUUAUGGUACUUAUGUUCCAGCAGGUUUGUCUAAGUCAGUGUAGGACUAAGAUUCUCAGCAAUUACCAAGCUUAAGUAGAGUUUUAGAAAGCAUACUGUAUUGGCAUACUCUUUGCUCUAUAAGUUUAAAAAGUAUUGGUGGUAAAACAGAAGUUUGGUUUUACCAAGCAAUACUAUUUAUAUGAAGUACCACUCAGGCACCUUUAUUUUACUUUUUAAUAGAAAACAUAGAAUUUCUAAAAUGUAUAACUUGUCAGCAUUUGCCCUUAUAAUAAUAGAACAUUAAAGCUUUGAUUUCUUUUUAACCUACUGUAAGCCCCCUGUAUUGUUACUGCUCUUGAACAGUACAGCCUCUAUGAUAUUUUCCAGGGUAAAUUUUCUUUUUUGUUUUUAUUUCUCUAUGAGAGGGCAGUGUUUCUUGGUUCGUAACCCCCAUAUGUAAUAAAAGGCACAAUGUUGACCCAGGUGCUUUUAAACAGGUGAUCAGUAAAUGCUACUUGCUAAUUGGUUACUAUAGGUAAGUAGACCUAUAGCAGACAGUGCACCUUUUAUUACAUAAACCUUGUAGAAGCUAAAUGCAGAACAAAUAUAGUAAAGAAAAGGGCUUAUUUAAUAUGGUCUCAAGUGCAAGAGUGCUGAAGGCCUCAAAACAGUAGAUUUUAGAUCACCUUGCAUUAAGAUCUUGGCACUAUUCAGUAUUGGAAGGUUGCCCUGCUAGGUGCACCUUGCUUUCACUUUCUUGUACAUCCAGCUGUUUCAUCCAUAGCCGACAAUGCUUGCCAGCCCGUCAUUUAAAGUAAGGUGAAACACAUUGCAUUGCAUACUGGAGACACCAGACAGCAGUAAUUGCUACAAAGGAGGGACUAGGUGUGAUUAGCUCUCUGCACCUUGCACACUUCUUUAAAUAAGUCCUAAAAUAAGAACCAUGAAACCUUUGGCUUAUCAAUGCACAGGGUUACUGUAUUAUUUACCCCAUAUUGCAUUUCUGUUUAAUAAAUUAUGCCCCAAGCCCCCAUCUCCUCAACUUUCUCUCCAUUUGGCACCUGUUUUGUGUACAUGAAAAGGUACCUCACUCCCUCCUGCAGGGGGCAGCAUAUUUUUUGCCUCCAGCAAAGCCAUUUUCAUUUGGCACCCCACUCCACAGCUUUUUGUAAAGUAAGUGUGUCUGGUUCCAUAAGUAACCUCUCUCUGAGUUUAGGGUCUGUAGUUUUUUCGAUAAGUUUCAAUCAUUUCACCUUGCAAGGGCCCAAAUUUGCAGGGGACUGCUAGCUGUCGCAGCUCAGCGGAAUUGUGAUGUAUAAGUUCCCAUUCAGCCUGACAGCGCUUGCAAAAAUGAACUCUGGCCACUAAAGCAUUUGGGGCAGGUUUAAAAUAAUUCUCCAGAGCCUGUACUGUAGCAGUGUAUGAGGAAUCUGCUCCCAGAGUCAAAAUGCGAUAUGCUUCAGAGCCCAGGGAGUUAAGUAACAGGGCCCUUUUCCUCUCAGUGGAGGUCCCAUCCAGGCCAGAUGCCAGUAAGUAGAUAGAAAACUGUUCAUACCAGAGAUCCCAGGGCACUGCAGGCUCUCCAGGGUGCAGCAGAAACUUUUCAGGGGGUUGCACAGGGGAUUCAGAUGUUCUCGUUGCCAUUGUUAUAUCAGUGUAGCAGUUCAGUAAUGCAGGCAGGUUGUUAACAGUUGACCAUCUUUAUUCUUUACACACAGAGACUAGCUUCCCAGUCUUCUCCCACUAUUUCCCAAGGCUGCAACAUUCUAACAUCCUUCAAAAGGAUAUAACUUUAUAAAACAUAACACAGCUUAUGCAAAUGCAUAACAUUGUCCACAUACUUUUUGAAAUUAUUCAAACUUGGCAAUGAUUUAUGGCUGUAGCAAUACUAGCACAGUGCUGACCAUAAAGGAGGCACUUCACACCUUCCAAUUCCAUUCAUCUAGAAUAGUAAUUUUCUGACUUUUUGGUUUCAAGCUCAUAUUUGAGUUCCAGCAUCUGGUAAGGACAUCCCCUUCUUAUAUCCCAAAGUUUUUUCAUUAGUGGUGUAACUAUAUGUUACUGGGCCCCCACAAGCAAUUUCAAUUUAGGGCCCCAAGAUAUUGGUAAAUUGACCUGUUAUACCAAGAUAUAUUGAAAUUGCAGAUUAAUUAAGAGAUUAAUGGGCCUCCACUACUCUCUACCUGACUGAAAACUGCAGGUGGAGAGAAGGGGAGGAAAUGCUCCGCGCAAAUAAAGCGUAAAUAGUCUUCAGGCUAUACUUCUAGGAAUAUCUAAAACAUCAAAUAUCUUUCACCCCAGUUCUUCUAAUUGGCUUUCAAGAUAGCCCCCCUGUUCUGCUGCAUAGAAUGUUAAAGCCGCUUCCAGUUUAAUGAGAAAACAUAUGCUAAAAAAGCCCUUAUGUCUGAAUCCAUCAGACAAAUAAAUUAAUUGUUUGGAAUUCAACUUUUUGCAAAAUAAAUAUCGGAGUAGUUACCGUGUUCACACCCUAUGAGGGUUCUUAAUGUAUACACUCACACAACCCAUUUCUGAACCAACCACUUUUCUGGGUUUUUUUCAAGGCCUGACAGUCUGUAAAAAUAUAUUUUAAAUCUUCAUCCUUUUUUAACAAAUAGCAAUAUGUAUGUUUGCUAUAGUGGCACUUUUUAUUUUUUAAGUUAUAUUUAAAAAGAAAGAUUGAUUUAAAGAUUGGCUCCAUGGACCCAAUGAAAUGAAUAUUUACCCAAUGUUUAAAUGAUCGCUAACAUUAUUUAUCCUCCAAUAAAUGUUCUGUAGGUUAUUCAAUACAGAGAGACAUAUUUAUUGAGUGCGAGUUUCUGUGCUGCUUAUUCAGCCAAGGUAACACCAUAUCCUCAACUGACUCGAUUGCUUCGAUUGGACAUACUGUUUGCGUCUAAUCCAUUUGACAGAUAAAGCAAGACUCAAUAAAAAUGGUCAGUAAAAUAACCUUUACGUUCUGAGUAGCUCACUGUACCAGCCAGGCUAUUUACUAAUCUAAAUGCUAUGUUCUAAGACUUAGCUUGUAUUUACUGGCUUUGCAGACCUCCUGUUCUUAACACUGGCACUUACUGAGGCAGCAGCUGCUGUUUUGAAAGUGUUAGCCAAGUGUUUGUUUCUAAUCCAUCCACAUGGUAGUAGAUAGGCCUCAGGCUGUAUAUGUGCUGUUGUAGUCAUGACAGCAGUUGGCCCUAACACAGAUUAGUUGUGGUGUCCUGCAUAGUGACACAUGCCUUAAUUUGUUGUAUGGUGGUCACCAUCCCCCACUUAUGGUGCCUUUUAUAGUAUAUACUGUAGCACUGGCGUAAAAAUAAAUGUAAAUUCUGAAAAAGAUUCUUGAGCACUAAGUGCACUUAAGCUGAAAGCUGCAAGACCAUAAUAUAAAUAAAGUCAGACGACACAAUUAUGCAAAAUAACAUGUUUAGGAGAAAUACAAUAAAAGUGUGCAAGUUUGCACUAGGGUUGUUGGCCUAUAGCAACCAGUUAGCAGGUAGCAUUUACUGGGGAGCUGUUUGAAAGCAAACAUCUGAUUGGUUGCUGCAGGAUCUGAAUGGUGUGCUGUAUUGGACCUGGUGCUAAUUUUUUUGUGAUUUUUCUUCUGUUACACCACAUUUAUAAUAUAAACUGCUACUACUAAAUGUCCUUAAACAUUUUAUUUAUCAUAAUGUCAGUAACAAACUCACAACCUGUCAGUGUACAAAAGUGUUUAGUACCAUAUAAUGGCAGCUAAUUGUGAGGGUUUAUUUGUAUCAGUGAGUUGCCAUUUUCAAGGCAGACGUACAAGAUACAUUCUAUGAAUCAGGUCAUGCUAGGCAGUAGGCCUCCCUUUCUAUGGGAUUGGUUUAUAUGUUAUAUCUGUGUAUGUUUUUCCUAACUGCAAACUAAAUACACUUGCUGGGACACAGUGCUGUAGAAAACCCCAUUGUUCCAGUGCAGUGCACUGGAUGGCUAACCAUAUAUAUAUAUUCUUGUAACUGGUGCUCAGCUAUUUGUUCUGUGUUACAGUUUACAGAAAAUAAACAUCUCAGGGCUUAUAGUUAGUCCCAUGUGCUACUUUGCACUGGUUUAACUUGCAGUGUAGUUGACAUUUUCUGCUUUAUGAUAGCCUUCUGGGUAUGAUUUUAUGCCACGUAAGGUUGCUGAGAAAGGGGGUAAAAUUCAAAAACAAUAGCAUGAUCAUGUGGUUGGGGCAGCAUAUUAUCUAUAAUAUUGUCCCGUAAGCUAGCCAUAUGUGAAACCAUAUAUAUCUUGUUAUUCAUUGAUCUGUUAGUUUCCCUUGGGGGCAGUUUCAAUGAACUAUUGUCUUGUUAUUUUGCUGGAUAACAUUUUAACUGGUUGAACUAAAAAAAUCUGGCCUGCUAAUGCCUCACUCUUGUAGCAUAUGUAUCACACUCUCAUAGGCUCACUCCAAAAAUGACAGGGGCUGCAACUAUUUCCCAAUAUCCUAUCCAAAGGAAUGUAUCAGUGGCAUUUGGUCAUUCAUGUGUGGCCAACUGCAAAUAAAUCACUUUGUUCUCCCUUACAAUCCUGGCCUGACAGCACUAACUUCUGCCAUAUCCAGCACAGCCACUGUUUAUCAGAACAGUUAAGAUAAUAGUUAAGAAAGUACCUGCAGUAGGGAAAGGCCAUUUUGACAUCUCCUUUAGAGGCCCAAUGGUGCACAAAUACACAGGCAAUGGCAUAAUCCCACACAAACCUUUUUUGCAGUAAAAAACAUAUAUUUUUUAUAAGUAUGAAAAUAUUAAACUGAGGCAAAGGUAUUCUGGAUAAUAUCAGCUGAGGUACUUGAAUGAAUUAUGUUUACUGUGCUAUCUGAGCAACUCUUGGCAUUGGGAAGAAUUGUGGAGCCAUUCUUAUCAGUAUUUUACAACUGCUUGAUUUUAAAGGCUCUCUCUACAGAAUGAGUAGCUUUUUUGUCAGUUUGGUAAAGCUAGCCUGCCUAAAAAGCUUGGUUAUACAAUCCACAUAUUAGCAAUCUUAAUAUUCAAUAUAUGUCAUAUUAGAUUAUAUGCAGGAUACAUUGUCAGUUCACUGUGGAUAUCAUAACCUGAAAGCAGGAAUACUUAGUAGUAGGUCAGGGAAAGUGUUCCAGUACCAAACAUUCAAUGUACUUUCAGUAAGACACUGGAAACUAUUACACUAGCAAUUGUUGUGCUAGGAAACACUACUGUAAUGGAGCAAUUAAACAUUGUUGGAAAUUGAAAAAUCCCAAACACGGGGCAAUUUUCAAGUAAAUGCACUAGAUGCCAAAUGCACAUAGGGUUUAUCUUAAUUAGACUUCAUAAGGGAGAGUUAAUGUAAACAAAUUUUAAAACAAGAACAAAAAUUUACAUUUUGUAAUAUAAUAGUUUUCGUUAUAAAGCUACAUUUUAAUUGAGGAUAUCACAUUUCAUAGGAGCUGCUCUAAAGAAAUUCUGUCAUGAUUUUCAUGGUGUAGUUUUAAUUGCUGACUUGGGGGUUUUACUAUUGAAUACUGUUCUCAAAUCUACUAAUAGGUGGGGCAUGGGAGAAUUUUUAGCAAUACAGGUGUCAAUGAGAUGUUAUUUUGCUACCUUCCCAUUGUUCUGCUGAUAGGCUGUAGUGCAGCAGUAAAGAAAGAGAAUGAAGUUUAUCAGAGCACAAGUCACAUGGCUAAGGCCACCUGGGAAACUAAGAAUAUGUCUAGCCCCAUGUCAGAUUUCAAAAUUAAAUUUAAAAAAUGCAUUUGCUCUUUUAAAAAACAGAUUUCCAUGCAGGAUUCUGCUGAAGGAGCACUAUUAACUGAUGCAUUUUGUGAAAAAAACAUGUUUUCCCAUGACAGAAUUCCUUUAAUGUGUUUUUUUUUCCACUGGAGUAUAAGGACUUAAGGGUUCCACGAAAUCCCCUUACAUGAAUGUAUUUUUUGCCGUGCUAAACAAUAAGGAUGCUUGGUUGCCUAAAAAGAUAAAAAGAUCAUCUGGACAUAUGAUAUCAAAUUCAGAGAAAAACUAAAAUGUAACAACAUAAAAUGGGAUAAAAUAAGCUAUAAGGGUGUUUUUUUUUGUUUAUGUGUGUGAUUUCUCUGUAAAUUAUGCAGCACUUCCUAUUAUGUAUCAAGGCAAAGCCUGUAUCAGGGUACAUCACUCACUGUGGUACAGCAUGGUAACACACUGCAUGUCAGAUAGAAAAGAACGGUAUGUUGUCAGAUGGACUGGGAAAGUUCUGCUAUCGCCUUACAUAGCCAUAUUCUGAAAGGAUUGUGUGUCGGAGUAGCAAUGCCUGUAAUGUUUGUGUUAAAAGAUACAUGAGCUGCACAGUAAUCACACUGCUGAAAGCAAUGAGAGGAAGAACUGUUGAUAUAUAAUGCCUGAAAUUGAAAUUCUAAAAUUGUUUUUGUUAUAAAGAGGUUUGUAUAAUGUCUGAAGCGAUUAUCAUGUUUUUUCAAUAAAAGUCUGGAAAACA